AUGCAGUAUUCCCCUCCAUUUCAGAACUAUCCAUUAAUUAUUCAUCAUCUGGAAAACAGACUUUUAGUAACAACAUUAAGGGCUAUUCUUAAGGAAUAUGGACUUCCAAUAUCUGGAAAGAAAUAUAUUUUAAUUACUCGUAUUCGGGAAUUCUUAGAUAAAGUUGUUGAGACAAAAGAUAUUGUUCAAUAUGAACGUCUUAAAAAUAGUAUUAUGGGGAUUCAUCUUCAUCCAAUACCCUCAUAUGUUGUUUCUUAUACUUCUAAGAAUUUACCAAUUAUGUCUUCUACACCUUUGGAAUUACCGAUUUCUGAACCAGCACUUUCUUUACCGACAAUUAAUGUUUUUCAAAGAAUUAAUUUUAAACCCAGUCCUUUCUAUAAUAUUCUUGAAAAUAUUAAUAGUCCUAUUAUUUGUCCACCAAUGUUACGGAAUAUUAUAACAGCAUCAGUACGACUUUCAUUAAAAGCGGUUGAAAAAUUAGCAUCGAAUGAAAGUUAUCGAGUUUACCUUUUUUGUACAGCAACAGAUUCUGCUGCAUUUGGUUUAGCAUUGAUUGAAUUUCCUGUUCAUAUGGAUUUGAAAGUAAAUGGGAAACAUCUUAGCGCUAAUACACGAGGAUUAAAAAAAAAGCCAGGUACUGCACCACCUGUUGAUGUUACAAGUUUAUUAUUUUUGGAUUCAAAACUAGUCAAUAAAAUUGAAAUAAUAUAUGCAAAUACUGAAAAGAGAUAUUCAUUUGGUGUAUAUUUGGUACAAAAAUAUACUAUUUGUGAUAUUAUUCAGCACAUUAAAGCAGGGAGAUGUCUAUCAAAACAGACGAUAUUAGAUACAAUAAAAAAAGAUUCGGAAGAUGGAGAUAUUAUAGCCACUUCUUAUGAUAUUUCUCUUAAAGAUCCCAUUUCUUAUACUCGUAUUGAAUUACCAUGCAGAUCAAUAUAUUGCAAUCAUGUACAAUGUUUUGAUGCCUAUUCAUUUCUUACAUUAAAUGAACAAACACCUACUUGGCAAUGUCCAAUAUGCAAUAAGCCGAUUCAUGCAAUAGAUGAUCUUGCUAUUGAUAGCUACACUUUAGAAAUCUUAAAUUCUGUUUCUUUAUCAGUAGAAUCUGUUACAAUAGAUCUUAAUGGAACCUGGUUUAUUACGAAGUCAAAUAUUGGCAAUGAAUUAAGCGACUCUAAUAAUAAUGAAGAUAUUUCUAAAAAGCAUAACACGUUUUAUAUGGAUCCAAACAAUCAUGAAACAUCUCUUGAACAAAAUCAUUCAGUUUUAUCAUCAUCUAAAUCACUAUAUAAGCGAUCAGAACCUACAGUAAUCGAUCUAACACUCGAUAGCGACGACGAAAGUCCUAUGCAAUCUCCAUUACAUAAAAAAUGUCGUAACAAUUCUGUUGAUACACAAUCAGAAACAUUAUCUUCUGAUUUUCAGUUUCCGAAAUUUCAUUUAAAUUUAGCAUCUAUUUCUCAUCUACCGAAAGCUUGUUUUUUUGAUUCAAAUGUAUCUGAAUCUGGUCAUCCUAUCUCUACAGAUAUUAUACCUGUCGAUCAAUCUUUAAAUAAUUCAGUGAAAUUAUCUACAUUAGAGUCUGAGCAUUCCACUGUAUUAUAUAAGUCUUUAGCUGACAAUAACACAAAAGACAUUAAUAAUUCGUCUGCAUUUUUAGGACCAUUUUCUAAUGAUCUUUGGAGUAACAAAGAUAAUUCAUGUGCUUGGCAAGAAGAAUUUCGGGAGAAUAAUUGUAUUGAUAUUCAUUCUACACAUUCAUAA